AUGGGUGCCGGCGCGGGGGUGAUGGGUAAGAUGGGCCCCGAAAUGGUGGAGAAAAUGAAGGAUAUCUCGGACGAAGACAUCAAGAAGGCAGCAGCGACCAUGCCCAAAGAGAUGAUUGCGGUCUUUAAGAGGGUCGUCGAGGCGGCUGAGGCGGCAGAGACUGGAGCCAAGCCCAAAAAGCUGAAUCCCUUGAAGAAGCUCGGCAACAGCGACAAGGCCGACAAGAUGGAUAUGUGCCUCUGCUUUUGGGACGAGGCAAAGGCCAAGGGCCUUCUCCAGCCUGCCGUGGACAAGGGCGACAUCUCCGGCAUGCCGGAGCAGCUGAAUGGGGCGAUGUUAGCCUUCUCGGACGUGGCAUGGAAGGCGCCCGAGGAUGGUAAGAAAUGGAGUGACCCAGCUGUGCAUGAAAUUUGA